AUGAGCGUUAGGCAUAAAACGCGAAAGCAUACCGCUACAAGUCUCAUAGCUAGGUCAUUGCCAGGACUGCGCGCAAUCUUUGUGAUUCUGGCGACGUGUGUUGCAGCGGCAGGAUGGAGAUGGUUACUGACGGGCGAGCUGCCCAGGAAGCCACAUCUCCCUUGCAAGGUGUUCCGCACGCACAGGCAUCACGAUACGCGUAUCGAAUGGCGGCGGAGGAGCUCCGAGUCCCUUUACGAACUUUUGACAGACUCUCAAGAUACCUACUAUGACGAAGACAACUGGACUGUCGGAACGGUCUUCUUUUCGGAAAACACCUACUCUCGUCAGCCGUACGUUGCCAAUGGCUUCCUGGGCUCGCGAAUCCCUAACGUUGGGUUCGGCUACGCGCCUGACACUUACAACAUUUGGACACCAGAUCCAUCUAUCCCCGGUGCUCUCAACAAUGGGUGGCCUUUGAGAAACCAGCGAUUCGCCGGAGCCUUUGUCUCUGAUUUCUACAGCCUACAACCCCACCUCAACUCAACUAAUUUUCCUGAGCUUGAUGCUGACGGCUACUCGACCAUUCUCUCCGCGAUUCCGCAGUGGACCGAUAUGAAGAUUUCAGUUAAAAAUGACACCGUUCGUUUUACUGCCCAGGACGUGCUUCCACAGCAUGUUUCCAACUACCACCAAAAUCUUUCUCUGCUCACAGGCACUGUCACCACAGAACUUGACUGGAUGGGGCUUUUGCAUAUUAAAUCCACCGUUCUGGCUCACAGAAUCCUUCAUCCGCUUGGAGUAUUGAAGCUGGAACUGUCACUAAUUCCGGACAGCGGUCUGAAGACACUUGACCUUCAAGUUUCCGAUAUAUUCAAUCAUUCAACCUCCAGGAGAACUUUUCUCAGAGACCUUGGUUAUGAUUCCCGAGGCAUUUACAUGGAGGUUGAACCUGACAAUGUCCCUUACUCUUCUGCCGCCCUGUACUCUUCUUUGCGUUUUGAUGGUCCAGCAGAGGCAGAUGGUUGCAUUUUUCAAUUGAGCGACAUGAACACCACUGUAUCGCGUAAGAACUUCCUGACGCUGAGCUGUGAAAAACCAUCCAUCACGAUUCAAAAAUAUGUUGCCGUCGUGUCAACUGAGUAUGAUCGUUACAACAAGACGGCUUCCAACAUGGAGGCCGCCAAAGAUAUUGUUCACUCACAGUGUGGCCAAUAUGAUUUGAUAACUCAAGCACAUCAUAAUGAAUGGGUAUCACUAUAUGACAACGCCUCUAUUGAAAUUCCUUCGGACAGUUUGCUUGAGCUGUCUGCUAAGUCUUCACUUUUCCAUCUUCUGGCGAACACUAGAAGGUUUAAUAUUUCAAGUUCCAGAGGUUUGCCGCUACCAUCUUCGGGUCUUAGCUCUGAUUCUUACGGAGGAAUGAUAUUCUGGGAUGCGGAUAUUUGGAUUCUACCCGCAUUAUUGCCAUUCUUUCCCGACAUCGCGAGACAUAUGGUUGACUAUCGCAAAAAUACUCAUGAACAGGCAAGACUCAAUGCUCAGCAGUACGGAUAUCCUGGCGCUUUAUAUCCUUGGACAUCAGGGCGAUACGCCAACUGCACAUCCACGGGACCCUGCGUAAACUAUGAGUAUCAUAUCAACAUUGAUAUCGCCAUGGCUUCGUUCUUGGUUUACCUCAAUGGCGCGCCUGGCGUAGAUGAUGAGUACUUGAGGGAAACAACUUGGCCCUUGGUAAGGGACGCAGCCCAGUUUUUUACAGCAUACGUCAAGUUCAAUUCGUCCUUAGACGCAUACGAAACUCAUAACAUGACAGAUCCUGACGAGUAUGCCAACUUCAUCAACAAUGGUGCAUUUACAAAUGCAGGGAUCAAGACACUUCUCAAGUGGGCGACCGACGUUGGUAACCAUUUGCAAGAAGAAAUCGAUCCUAGGUGGGUUGAGGUGUCAGACAAAAUGUUUAUUCCAAUUGCAGAGUCCAACAUAACUUUGGAAUACUCCGGCAUGAAUGCUUCGGUUGAGAUUAAGCAGGCUGACGUAAUGCUUAUGACAUAUCCAUUAGGCUACAUUACAGACGAGACAAUUUUGGACAACGCAAUUCGCAAUUUGUACUACUAUUCAGAACGCCAGUCUCCUAGUGGACCUGCCAUGACCUAUCCCGUUUUUGUAGCGGCAGCGGCUGGUCUUUUAAAUCAUGGCUGUUCGUCACAGAGCUAUCUUUACAAAUCUGUUCUUCCUUACCUCAGAGCACCAUUCGCGCAGUUUAGUGAGCAAUCUGAUGAUAACUUUCUAACUAAUGGCUUUACCCAGCCAGCUUUUCCGUUUUUGACUGGCAAUGGGGGCUAUCUGCAAAGCUUGCUAUUUGGCCUGACGGGCCUGAGGUAUUCAUAUGAGGUUGAUAAACAAACAAAGAAGAUCACACGGCUACUGAAGUUCAACCCUAUAAAACUGCCUCUGCUUCAAGGGGGAAUUGCCAUAAACAAUUUCAAAUACAUGGGCCAGGUCUUGGACAUUAUUAUUGGGGAUGAAAAAGCUACAAUAGUACACAAGAUUGGGGAUGAACCCAUUAAUCUGAAAUUGAUUGACCGCAGUUUCAUCCAUGACCGAGAUGUCACAGGGCCGCACAUGACGCAUGUUCACGAAGGCGAAGAAGUGCCAGUCCAGUGGAUCACUUUGCAGCCAGGCCAGAAUUUGACAGUCGAUCUGUUCCGUCCUCUGCUAAACAUAGAUGGUAACCUAAUCGAGGGGAAACAGGUUUCGAACUUCACAGCAGGCGUUCCAGGAGAUGUGAUUUACUCAGUUAUUGAUGGCAAUAACUUCACGCACUGGCAACCGUUGGACAAAAACGUGUGCGCCAAGAUCCUUAUUGAUUUGGGGCCCGGUAAUGAGCAGAAUUUGACCGGCGGCAUGAUCCUCUGGGGACGGCGCCCCGCGCGCAACAUUUCUGUUGCGAUGGUGCCUUAUAAAGGGGACAUCGAGCAGGCACUGCAGAAGGCGUCUAGUGUUAUGGAGUCGAGCGGACCAGAUAAGCGCGUCGAGAUUUUGGGCUACACAGCGCCCGCUUCAGAACUUGCUUCGCGGUUGUCAGAGACUGAAGAUCGGUUUUUCGAAGAAGAUUACCGUCUUCUGCUGAGUUCCCAAAGGCUCGACAUCGAGCAGCUGUCAAAGCUCUCACCUGAAUCGUCUCUGCUUAAGAGUAAAUUUGUGACAAUACUACACAAUUUGCAAAUAUCCCCAUCUGAGCCGUAUGCGGAAGAGAAUCAGCGAGGCUCGAAAAUUGUUAUUCCACGCAGCAAUUCCACGCAUUUCACCUUUGACUAUUCUAACUAUACCAGUGAUAAAGCCUUUGAGCACCCCGUCUCCAAGGAAUCAGGAGCUUCGUGGCCUCCCCCAAGAUUCGUUCUCGUUUGUAUUCAGGGCACAUACGAUGACGACGACGAUCCCAAAGGCGCUACUAUCAAGGAAAUCGCUCUCAUGUGA